GCUAACAUGUUUUAUUUGGAGAGUCCAGCAGGAGUAGGAUUUUCUUUUGGAAAUCAAAUAUCAUCCGAUGAAAGCACAGCAAAGGAUAAUUUGAAGGCAGUUCUUGAAUUCUUUAAGAAAUUCCCAGAAUACAAGAACAUAGAUUUUUAUAUUGCCGAAGAAGGUUGGGCUGGAGUCUACAUUCCAACAUUGGCAAACGAGAUCAUUGAUUAUAAUGCCAAGGCAGCAGAUGGUGAUAAGAUCAGAUUGAAGGGUUUGAUGAUUGGUAAUGGAUGCACUGAUCCAACAGAAUGCACACAAUUGGGAUUAAAUUUCCCUGUGCAUAUGUUCAAAUUCCUUCAUGGUCAUGGAUUAAUCACUGAGAAAUUAUACAAAAGGAUUGAAGCUAUGACAAGUUACUGUCACAUGAAGUAUAUUCCAGAAUGCAUGGAAUACUAUAUGGAAGUGUAGGAAGGGAUCGAUGGAAAUUGGUAUCACUAUUCAAUUUAUAAUCUUAGGAGCUACUAUUAUGAUCCUUAUAAUAUAUAUGGAAAAUGUUAUUAGCUGAUAAUUAACAAACAAAAAGGAGAAUUUGAUAAAGGGAAGAGAUCCAAAUUAAACCCAAUGGAGGAGGGGAUCGAUCGAUAGCUGAAUGAAUGCAAUGAAAGAGGAGCCCUUUUGAUUUAUCUCAACAAUGCAGAACUUAGAAAAGUUUGAUAUGAAUAUUUAUCAAGGCUUUACAUAUUAGAGAUGAUGCUGGUUAUUGGAAGGACUGCAGAUCUAUUGAUUACACAUAGGAUUUAAGAAGCAGCUAUUAUUUAUAUCCUAAAUUAAUCAAGAAUGGAAUUAGAAUCUUGAAAUUCAGUGGAGACCUCGAUUCAAUUAUUCCUAUCACUGGUACUUUGUAUUGGAUAGAAAAACUAUAGAAAGAACUAAGUCUAUAAUAAUAACUAUAUUUUAGACUUGCCUACCUUAGAGGAAUGGAGACCUUGGUAUAAACCUGGAGAUAAAGGUUCAGAACCGCAAAAUGCUGGUAAUGUUUGGAUAAUUGAUGGAUUGACUUUUGUUUCUGUGAGAAAUGCAGGACAUAGCCCUACAAUGGAUCAACCUGAAGCUACUAGCAUAAUGGCUAGUCAUUUCGUAUUUGAGAUGCCUCUACCAUCAGAUAUACUGUGA